AUGGCCGCCAAUCCCAAGGCCGAUGCGAUGACGGAGGAGGAGCGUUGUGCGGUGGAGAAGCGACAGCGCGACUUUGAGCGCUCUCUCGCCGGUGCAAGCGUUGGCAAAGCUGGCCUCGCCCUUGACCAGUCUGAGAUCAACCGUCGAAUUGCAGAAGCUUCCAAGGACUCUAAGUUCUUCAAGCACCAGCAGCGCAAGGAUGCCGAGCUCAACGAGAAGAUCGAGUGGUUCCAGGCCAAGCGCGACUCUCUUCUUGCCGCAUCCGACAUCCUUAAGCUUGAGGCCGACGCCGACAAGAUCCUCGUUGAAGUCGAAGCCAAGCGUGACUUGUCACAGACCAUCGUUCACGUCGACAUGGACAUGUUUUACGCCGCCGUAGAAAUCCAGCGUGAUCCAACGCUCAAGGGCAAGGCGUUUGGUGUGGGUGGCGGCGUGCUGUGUACGGCUUCUUACGAAGCGCGCAAAUAUGGUUGUCGGUCGGGCAUGGCUGGCUUUGUUGCGCGCAAACUCUGCCCACAUAUCAUCAUCACUGAUCUCCACUUUGACCUAUACGGCGCUGCAUCUAAGAAGGUCCGAGACGUCCUUCAACAGUACGAUGAAAACCUCGCAAUGGCAGGCUUGGACGAAGGAUACCUCAAUAUCACACCGUAUAUGUCAUCGCACAACCUGACAGCCAUGGAGGUCGUCGAGCAUCUCCGUGCGGAAGUCGAGGCCAACACGGGUCUCACCAUCUCUGCGGGCAUUGCUCCCAACCGCAUGCUUGCGAAGAUCUGUUCAGACAAGAACAAGCCCAAUGGCGUGUUCGAGCUCGAUUUCAGUCGCGACGCUAUCACAGCCUUUAUGCGCGAGUUGCCAGUCAGGAAGAUUCCAGGAUUCGGCCGCGUCACUGAGCGAUGCCUCGAGGGGUUGGGCGUCGAGGUGUGUGGAGACAUUUACACUCGCCGUGCCGAGCUCCUUCUCAUGGACCACUGGUUCACGUUCCGCGGGCUCUGCAAAGCGUACCUUGGCAUUGCCGACAACACUGUCGAGCCUGGAAAGCGCGAGAACCGCAAGAGCGUUGGGGUGGAGAGAACCUUUCGCGAGAAGAGCAACAACGACGAGAUUCUUGGAGAGCUGGAGAGCAUCGCCGAAGAGCUUGAGGGUGACCUCGAGCGCUUAAAGUACUCUGGACGUACCGUGACAGUCAAGUUCAAGCUGCACACGUUUGAAAGCAAGUCCCGCGCGCACUCGGUCACCAAGUUUAUCAACUCCAAGGAUGACAUUCUUCCCAUUGCCCUCGAACUUAUGCGUAAAGAGUUUCCUGUGCGCAUUCGCCUGCUAGGCAUUCGCAUGUCCACCCUCAAAGACCUCACCGUUCCAGAAAAGGGAAUCAAACAGUUCUUUGGCUCCACCUCUGCUACCCCUGCUGCCUCUAGCUCCACCACUGAGGCUAUCGAUGUCACCCAGUUGGACGAUGACGACGAUGACGUCGAGCUCCUCAAGCGCAAGCCAGGUGGCAGCGACGAGCGCAGCCCCAGUGUCGAGCUGGACCCAAGCCCAAGCAUGGUCGCAGGUCCUGUCUGUCCCAUCUGCAGUCGCACUCUUGACGCUGGGACGUCCAACGUUGAGCUCAACGAGCACAUUGACCUGUGCCUCAACCACGAUGCGUUCGGCGACGAGUUCGGGGUUAGCUUGUCACCACCCAAGAAAAGGCCCGCGGGCAGUGUCGGCACGGACGUCGGCGACCGUGGUGGCAAGAAGAAGCGUCGUGGGGGCAAGACGCAGUCGAGUGGGAGUGUGUUGGACUGGCUCAAGCGCAGCCAACAGUAA